GGAGGGAAGAGGGGCCGCGGCAGGAAAGGCGCGAGCGAGCGGAGGCGGCGGCGGCGGCGGCUGGUGCCCACCGCGGCGCGGUCUGGCUGGCGGCCGUCGGUGUCGCGGACUGACUCGGCUUAGCUUUCUAGCGUUCCCGAGCGCCGGCCGCCGCGAGCUCGCUCCUUCGCCCGCCGGCCCGGCCUGUGCGGGGAUGUAGGGCGCGGGUCGCGGAGGCCGCGGGCGCGGCGGGAGCUUCGCGGAGGCCGCGCCGAGGAUGGAGAGAGCGAUGGAGCAGCUCAACCGUCUGACGCGCUCGCUGCGCCGCGCGCGCACCGUGGAGUUGCCCGAGGAUAACGAAACUGCUGUUUACACAUUGAUGCCAAUGGUGAUGGCCGAUCAGCACAGGUCUGUUUCUGAACUACUAUCAAAUUCAAAAUUUGAUGUCAAUUAUGCAUUUGGACGUGUGAAGAGAAGCUUGCUUCACAUUGCAGCAAACUGUGGAUCUGUGGAAUGCUUGGUUCUUCUGUUAAAGAAAGGAGCGAACCCUAACUACCAGGAUAUUUCAGGCUGUACACCCCUUCAUCUCGCUGCUAGAAAUGGACAGAAGAAAUGCAUGAGUAAAUUACUGGAGUACAGUGCGGACGUCAACAUCUGCAACAAUGAAGGCCUCACAGCAAUACACUGGCUGGCUGUGAACGGGAGGACAGAGCUACUCCAUGACCUUGUGCAGCACGUCACGGAUGUGGAUGUGGAGGAUGCCAUGGGGCAGACAGCGUUGCACGUAGCCUGCCAGAACGGGCACAAAACGACAGUGCAGUGCUUGCUAGACAGCGGUGCUGAUAUUAACAGGCCGAAUGUGUCAGGAGCCACGCCACUGUACUUUGCUUGCAGGAUGGUUUCCUGUAUGUAUGUCUGUAUACAUGUGUAUGCAGUGACCUUGGAGGUCAGAAGAAGGUUUCAGAUCCCCUGGAAGUGGAGUGACACACUGUUCCAUGGUCAGAGAGAUACUGCACAGAUUCUUCUAUUACGAGGAGCCAAAUAUUUACCAGAUAAAAAUGGAGUAACCCCUCUAGAUCUAUGUGUACAGGGUGGAUAUGGACAGACUUGCGAAGUGUUAAUUCAGUAUCACCCGAGGCUUUUCCAGACUAUUGUUCAAAUGACGCAGAAUGAAGACCUUCGGGAAAACAUGUUACGGCAAGUUCUGCAGCAUUUGUCCCAGCAGAGUGAAAGCCAGUACCUAAAGAUCCUGACAGGCCUUGCUGAAGUCGCUACAACAAAUGGCCAUAAGCUGCUUAGUUUAUCUAGCAAUUAUGAUGCUCAGAUGAAGAGCCUUUUGAGGAUUGUGAGGAUCUUUUGUCAUGUCUUUCGGAUCGGUCCCUCGUCUCCCAGUAAUGGAAUCGAUAUGGGCUACAAUGGGAAUAAAACUCCAAGAAGCCAGGUGUUCAAGCCUUUGGAAUUGCUUUGGCACUCAUUGGACGAAUGGUUAGUUUUAAUAGCCACAGAAUUAAUGAAAAACAAAGAAGACUCAACAGAUAUUACUUCUAUUUUACUGAAGCAAAAAGGCCAGGAUCAAGAGGCCACUUGUAUUUCAGCAUUCGAGCCGCCCGGGCCUGGGGGCUGUGAAAGCCUGUCCACUGGCCCAGGGGACGCCACCGCAGGCGUGCUUGCCGGGGAGCAGGAUGCCGGCGCGGACUGUCAGGACGUCAUCUCUGUGACGGCCAACCGGCUGAGCGCCGUCAUCCAAGCCUUUUACCUGUGCUGCUCCUGCCAGAUGCCUCCAGGAAUGACUUCACCUCGUUUCAUUGAGUUUGUCUGCAAGCAUGAUGAAGUGUUAAAAUGCUUUGUGAAUAGAAAUCCCAAAAUUAUAUUUGACCAUUUUCACUUUCUUCUUGAAUGUCCUGAGUUGAUGUCAAGAUUCAUGCAUAUCAUAAAAGCACAGCCAUUUAAAGAUCGCUGUGAAUGGUUCUAUGAACAUUUGCACUCGGGACAGCCAGACUCAGACAUGGUGCACAGACCUGUGAAUGAAAACGACAUUCUCCUGGUUCACAGAGAUUCUAUUUUUAGGAGUAGCUGUGAAAUUGUGUCAAAAGCAAACUGUGCAAAGCUAAAACAGGGGAUUGCUGUGCGGUUUCAUGGAGAAGAAGGCAUGGGUCAAGGUGUUGUGCGUGAGUGGUUUGAUAUUCUGUCUAAUGAAAUAGUCAAUCCUGACUAUGCACUGUUCACCCAGUCAGCGGAUGGAACAACUUUUCAGCCUAACAGCAACUCCUAUGUCAAUCCUGAUCACUUGAACUAUUUCCGGUUUGCUGGACAGAUCUUGGGAUUAGCUUUGAAUCACAGGCAGCUGGUCAAUAUUUACUUCACACGCUCAUUCUACAAGCACAUUCUUGGUAUUCCCGUAAAUUACCAAGAUGUAGCAUCUAUUGAUCCAGAAUAUGCCAAAAAUUUGCAAUGGAUUUUAGAUAAUGAUAUUAGUGACCUGGGCCUAGAACUGACUUUUUCUGUUGAGACUGAUGUGUUUGGUGCUAUGGAAGAGGUGCCUUUAAAGCCUGGGGGUGGAAGUAUUCUUGUGACACAAAAUAACAAAGCGGAGUAUGUCCAGCUCGUUACUGAACUUCGGAUGACAAGAGCCAUCCAGCCGCAGAUCAAUGCGUUUUUACAGGGUUUCCACAUGUUCAUCCCGCCUUCCCUCAUACAGCUGUUUGACGAGUAUGAACUGGAGCUCCUGCUUUCUGGCAUGCCGGAAAUUGAUGUGAAUGAUUGGAUAAAAAAUACAGAAUACACAAGUGGCUAUGAAAGAGAAGAUCCAGUUAUUCAGUGGUUCUGGGAAGUUGUGGAAGACAUUACUCAGGAAGAGAGAGUUCUUCUUUUGCAGUUUGUUACUGGCAGUUCCAGGGUCCCGCAUGGUGGCUUUGCCAAUAUUAUGGGUGGAAGUGGUUUGCAGAACUUCACAAUUGCUGCUGUGCCGUACACUCCAAAUCUUUUACCAACUUCCAGCACAUGCAUCAACAUGCUCAAGUUACCUGAAUACCCAAGUAAAGAAAUACUCAAGGACAGACUGCUCGUAGCACUGCAUUGUGGCAGCUAUGGUUAUACAAUGGCAUAAUGAAGCCUGGAAACGCCUGACUGCUGAUGCACAAUCCAGAGUGACAGAAGUAAUUUAGGCAGCUGACAGAAAGGCAGUCUUGCUACGACCCACAGGCAGAGAGCUCCUGCUUAAAAUUCAUAAAGAAUCAGGUUUCCUAUUUUACGUUUCUUUUCCAUGUUUUGUCUUUCUAUGUUUGUGAUACAAUUAGAAAAUAUAAAAUCAUAGUAGACUUCAUUUUUAAAAAUGCUAAUUGGAAGUAGACACUGUCUUUUUUUUUUUUUUUUUAAGUUUCUUUAAUCUUGUCUAAAACUAUGUUAGGCAAACUCUUUCUGCAUUCCACCUCUGCUGUGCCCUGUCUAGCUGAAAGGGUAUCUUCUGUAAAUUAUAUGAGGACAUCCAGCUGGUAUGUUCUGUUGCAUGUAAAGUACCAUUUAUAUUUUGGAAAAUGUAUAGAAUGGAUUAAUUUAGAUUGUGUAAAGCCAUAAAUAUGUAUUUUCCCAUGUUAUAUUGCAAUGGGUUUUAUUUUUUUGUUGUUGUUUAGCUUUUUAGUAUUUUGAUACAUGGUAUAAAGUUUAGACUGGUAUGCAGAACAACGGAUAAAGUGACAUCUAAUUUAUAUAUUAAAGCUUAUAAUACAUGAA